AUGCUGGAGCGGACAAAAUGGGUCCUCUACGGCAUCUUCGCGCCGGAGCUCGUGGUCGCGACCGCGGCAGCGCAGUACAUCGUCGCGAGGUGGCUCAAGCGGGAGAUUGAGAAGGAUGCCGUGAGUCGGAGAGGUGGCGCAGAUGGGACUGAGGUGCUUUCGAGCCACACGUGGGAUAUGACGCAGUGUUUCUACGCUGUUAUGGGAGGGUUUGUCGUUGAGGUGCCGUCUGCCGAGAACGAGACGGCGGUCAGAAGAGUGACGGUCACACCUGAGGGUAUCCGACUCCUAUCUUUCAUCGGUAAGCUGCCGCAGAUCCACGAGUCGCAGAUCCAGGACAAGAGCAAGGCGGAUUGGAUGGCCAAGUCGCUCGUCUGCAUACAGGCUGGGUGGAUGGUCGCACAAGUCAUCGGUCGACUCAUAAAGCGCCUGCCUGUUUCGCUCCUCGGGAUCAACACCUGCGGACACGUUGCUUGCGCUGCUCUGCUGUAUCUGCUUUGGUGGAGCAAGCCCCUGGACGUGCUCGAUCCCACCAUCUUGGACGAGGACAAUGAGAACGCCAUGGCGUUGAUGACGCUAUGCUCGUCAAUGAGCGCCAUCAACGGCGUCACUGAUAUCCGGUGCUUCAUGUACAUGCCGCCCGACAAUGUAGACAUGAAAGGGAUCCGAAAGGAGAACAAGGACAAGAUCCUCAUCACAACUCACUUGUCCAUCGGCUCACCUGGCACCCGGGAGCCCUCUAGGUUUCUUGGCUUCGACGUUAGCGACCUUCGCCCCUAUGCAUCGCCAGCUACCGUCGAUAUCCAACGAAGCAGAGUAUCCCGAAGCGCAUACAUGUACCAUAUCGACCAGGCCAAACCGACGGUGGCCCCGGAAUGCCUGCAGACAUACUUUACUUCACCUUACACCGAGCUCAGUCUCCGGCAUGGCAAUUUCUAUCGCCGAAGACUCUUCGCCGAUGUUCAAAGAGACGAGAAACCUCACAUGCCCGUCAAUCUCGCACGCUUGGCUCAAGCCGCAACAGCUGCAGACUCGCUGUGGACCGAAUGCGCUUCCCGCCCGGCGUACGCUCAAUUUUACUUCACUUCCGUACCGACCGUUGGUGUGUUCCUUGGUGAGACGGAUUAUCUUGUUCCUCAUAUUGUCAACUUCCCGUCCAUGUCGAAUCUCGGGCUAGGUCAGGUCAACAUCCACCGUGAUGUCCUGCGGUCAGUCCUCGCCUUGACAGCUGCAGCGUACGGUGGCCUCCACCUCUCGGGCUGGUUUGACCACUUUCCGACGGCUGUCGAGCGGACACUCUGGUUAGCCGCAUCACUAGUAAUCACAUCCUCAGGUGUGGCUCUUUGGAUUUUCUUCCUCGCUCGUCAGGUUUGGCCGCGGUUCGACGUAUUCAUUUCUGGCGCGGCGCCCGGGGCGCAACUAGCGGGAAUGACUUACCAGAAACCGUGGAUGAAGAGAUGCAAGUCGUUUGUUCUUUGCCUUGUCCUGCUGUUGUUUGUUGUGGCCAGAGUUUUUCUGGUCAUCGAGGCUUUUAUCAACCUUCGCGAGGCUCCCGCAUCAUUAUAUCAGACCCCGGAUUGGUCUGAUUUCCUCCCGCAUUUCUAG